CUACUGAAAGCCCGUUCAACGUAUCGGCGUUCACUGAAGAGCCCAUGUCGGUUGAGACCCAUCAACCCAAGAAGAAGCGCAUCCGCCGGGUGAAGCAAGAGCUGGAUUAUCUGCGACGUGAGUCCAAGAAACUGGAGGAUGAACUGGCCCAACUGCAUACAAUUCAGGCAAACCGGCCCGCUGGCGCGAUUUCUUUCAGGCCUAGAGUAUUAAUAACGCAGACCGAAAAGGUGACGACGAGCCGCAAGUACUGCGCGAUCGCACCACGACUUCGGCAGAAACCCUCGAUGUGGCAAGCAAUAGCUGAGAGACAGUCGAGAGAGCGAGGGCGAGUCCUUGCUCGAAACAUGGAGCUCCGUGCACAGCUCGAAACAGAGUAUAAGCUUGGAAAGCAGUUGAUUCAGCUCUUGGAUCGACAAAUCUACGCAAAGGCACUUGUUCAGGAAAAGCGCCAUGGUCUCUUAUGGGGACAUGCUGAUGUCUUUAAGCAACAGUUACAGCAGUCGGAGAAUACGCUUCUGGAAGUGAAGAGAGUUUUACAAGGCCCACCUUUUCGAGAUCCCACUGCCUGCUUUCUCGAUACUUUUAUCGAGAAAAAUGGCGACAAAGAGGUUUUUGUAGUGCAAUCCAACGCAACAUUACCAUUUGGUAUGCAAGCUACAGCUAGCGCACUCUGGAAAGUGCUUAGUACCGAUCAGAUCAAGAAUUAUUGUUAUCAUCACCAGAUUGCUCAGAAAUCCGAUACCAUUGUAGCCCAAUCUUUUGGAAUCCGCUUCAAGGAAAACACUGUGGACGCGGAUUUCCGCGGCAAGUACACUUUCUCACGGUUUACAGACGGUGACUGUAUCGUGAUCGUGUGG